GCUUAGAAGGCGUAGAUGGCCUUGACAGCAUUAAAUAUGGCGGUGUUUGUUUUUAUGAUUUUGGUUGUCUGUACGCUGGUGUCACGAUUUCUGUGCCUGGAACAUCAUACUGAGCAAGAAUAUGGGUUACAAUUUUCUUCCACACAUUUUUCAUCAGGGCCGUCUAUUGUAUUGAGGAAAGGUGAUACAUUAAACCUAACCUGUAAAAUAACAUCAGCAAGCAAUAAUUCAGUACCAAGGUUUCAAAUAACAAUUCACACACCAUAUCAUUCCCAAAACAGUAUAACUCGAGUUCUCCGGAACGAGAGCUACAAUGAAGUGAAUAUUGUGGUUCAGAACUUGCAAGAGAGUGAUGGUGGUGACUACAAAUGCCAAGCAAUAAGUUCUGAUGAAGAGCAGACUGAGUUUCAGCAGGUGGUGCUGGUUGUUGUAAAGAACAAGAGGUGUGGUCCGCACUUUUUCCAGUGUUUAAGUGGCUUGUGUAUUAUGAAGCGUUACAUGUGUGAUGGACUUCCUGAUUGCAAAACUGGAGAGGAUGAGUCAAGGGAUGAAUGUGGACCAAAUCCAUGUGAGAACAAGCUUCGCUGUGAUGACCAUCGCUGCAUUCCGAUAGACUGGUGCUGUGAUACAAUCCACGAUUCAAAUUGCACUGCAAGGGUCUUGCCCCCCUGUUGCCUUCAGUUGUCUAAAUCAUUCAUGGACCAUGGUCCAGGAUACAUGAAUGAACCACCACCCCAGGGUCUCAAUGACAUGGGAUUCCUUCAGACUACAAUUUAUACAGUUGUAGGCUGUGCCAUGGCAUUCAUGUUCAUUGUAACGAUUCUUGUUAUUGCAAUUUGCCGUGUUCACAUGAAACGUUCAUUAUUAGUCACACGUUGCCCUACUGCUAGGGGUGGAAUUAUGAUGUCUCCACUUACUGGUAACAGAGCUCCACACCACCACCAUCAUGGUUUGCAGCAUAUGCCUCUGUACGAUCUGGAUGUGCUGUUAAAUCGCCCCUCUUACCCCCCAGCAUCAUCAGUUUCCCCACACUCAGGUCUCUUAGUUACUUACAACAUUAAUAACGGUGUUCAAUUUGUGGGACGGCCUAUAGACCCACCUCCGUACUGUGAAAUUGUUGCCUCUCCUCCCAGAGAGGGUCCUCCUCCUCCUUAUGCAUCUCAUGAAACCCUACCUCAUGCCAAUCCUGAAGCCAGUUCAGUAGAUCCUGACAGCGUGGAUGACAUCCCAUGCGAAAGAGACUCGCUUCUGGGUCCAAGCACAGAAGUGGAGCAUCUGGAAAAUGCACAAUUAAGAGGUAACACUGAAUACUUGGAUACACUUGCUCCUGAUUUGUUGAACGCUGGCCCAGUUUUCCUUUCUGGUCAGCAGCGGUCGAUGCAGGAAGUGGACAGAAGCUGUCAGCUUGGUAGUGCAAUUUCAUUAACGGUAAGCAGCAAUGUAAAUGAUCACAAUGUUGUGUCAAGUCCAGAUACUGCCUCUAGUCUGGGAAAUUAUGAAAGAGCAGGUGAAAUUACAGUGCAGAAUGGUGUCGGUGUUAACAGCUGUGAGAAUAUAAUAGUCACUCCGAAGGUGCCUGAUACCGAUGAUGUUAGCCCGAGGAAUAUGGGCGUUAUGGGCAAGUCUUCACCUGACGUCUCAACUGUUCAUCUUGUGGACAGUUCUGUGAAUAAGAUUUCUUGUAUCACACAAGAUGAAAGCAGCUUCAGUGUUGUUUGUCAUAGCCAGGAAAACCCUUUGCAGUGCCUACAUGACACCUUCAUUGCUAUCCACGCAAAUCAAGGUGACCUAAAUCCAAGAAUCAAAUCAGCAGAUACAGCUACACCCAAUGUGACUUUAGGAAGCUAUGCAAGGACUCAGGUUGCUAACAGUGAAGAUUGAGGAUGUGUUCAGCAUCUUUCUUUGAGGAGAUAUAUCGUAGUGUAAAUAUAUUUACAGGGUUUAUUACACUGAGAUUAAGAUUAAAUGAGUACUGUUAUUAUUUCUUGAUAUAUUAUCAGAUGAUUUAAUUGGUAACUGCGCUGAUUAACCUUGUUAUAUGUUCACAUUAUCUACUGUCACAUUUCGUUAUUAAAACUGGAAUGAUAUUAUGUGUGGUGGCAGGUUAUUAGUGUGAUUUCAUAGGUAAAGUUUUAGGGGUAUCAUUGCUCACGUAAACAUGUAUCACUGUUACAUGAAGACAGAGAUGAAUGCAGUUACAGUAUGGUGGAAACUGGAAAGGUAUAGUGCACGUUCUUCCAAUGCAUUCCAACUUUUAUGCAGAAGUUUUCAUAGGAAAUGGAGUGUUGUGACUGAUUUAAUAGUUUUUAAGUUAACAUUUUUAAAUAUAAGUUCCAGGGUUGAGGUAUCAUUUGUAUUAUAUUUUAUUAAAAUUAUUUCUCCAUUAAAUUGACCCAGUAUUCAUCUGUAUUACAGUGCCUGAAAGAUACUAAGUUAUUGACAAGUAUGGCAGGUGGUACAUAUAGUAUCCACUGGUAGCCCAGAUAAUUUUUGAAAAUAUGUUUUUUCUGUUAAGAGGGGAUAACAGUUUUGUUGCAGUGCAUAUAAGUGUCUUACACAGAAGCUGUUGGAAGGUGUUGAAGCUUUGUUGGCGGUAAUUAGAGUCAUAUUUCCAUAGCCUGAAUGGAAUGGUACAUUUCUGUUGCCUCUGACUCAUAUUUGGAAGGUAUUUAGUUUCAAUCCCAGUCAAGAAAUGCUUGCCUUACUCAAGAGGUUUUAUGAUUUUCUUCAUUCCCAUCAUGCAGAUGCUAAAAUGGUGCCUUAAAAUAGACCAUAACUUCUUCCUCCCAUAUAUCUGCCAAUUCAUAGUUUGGAAUCAUGUAUUAUUUGAUAAUAUAGCUCAGAAAUUGGUGUCUUAAAGUAACCAAAUAAUCAGUCAGAGAACCACUGAAAAGAAGAGAUUGUCAGCUGUAGUAAGAAAGAGUAAUGCUUGAUUGGGAAAAGUGUGGGCCAGUGAUAUGUUUUGGAGGAAAGUCAGAAAAAUCAGUGACUCAUGAAUCUUGAGCAUAAUUGCAUAAAUGCCAAGUAAUUUGUGAACAUCUCCCCUCCCCAAAAAAAAACAUUACAGUAUUCUUUUCAUAAAGUUCAUAUUUUGAUAGUCUGAAAUUGGGGACAGAAUAAUUAUAGUCUGAAAGUUAUUUCAAAUUUCCUUCUGGCCACUCUUUAUCAUCAUCAGCAUCGUCACAGCUCAUUUGACACUGUAACCAUGGCAUUCAAUAUAAACUGUCAGCAGACAUGCCCCUAUUUUUACCGCCGUUCAUACCUUGUCAUUGCCACUAGGUGUUAUAAUUCAGUUACUGCUCUUCAUUCUCACUCUGAAUAUGAUAUGUAUACAGUUUUUAAUGCAGAAUUUUGCUCUCAAAUUAGUUUAUUAAAUUUGAAUGUUCCAAGCAUAAAUUUAGAAAAUUCUUCCUAUCUGAAGAAUUGUGGUGUGACUGGUAUAGUAGUUUGGUGGUACAAAAGUAUGUUUAAACAUUUUCAGAAGUGCUAUGGAAGGAAACCGUUUAAGUAAUUUUUGUGUGCCUACAACCCUGGGACUGAAAAUAUAUGUUAUUCGUUUUAUAUUGUAAUGACAUUGUUGAUGUCCAGUUUGCACUGUUAUUGGUAAAAGUAAGAGUUUCAGGUUGAAAUGAAUUUGUGAUUUUUACUGUAUGACGAUUUUCAUACUGUCAUGUUUUAUGUUUGACAGUGUGACACAUAUUGUGCAGAACUGUUGUACCUGUUUGUAUAAACAAUUAUGAUCUGUUUAUGUGGGAGUUGAGGUUCUCACACUAGUGAUUAUGAAGAGUUCUAUCUUCUGGCAAGUAACACCAGUCUACCCAGUAACAUACGAAUCCCAGAAUCUCGUAUCCCAGAAGAUAAAACUCUUCAUAGUCUCUUAUAGUUGUAGUCUUCCAUGUCUGCUUUAUUAAAACUGAAGCUUUCAUAAUAUAUAAACAGAUAUCAAUGCAUGA